CAUUUGGCUUUGUUCUGGGUGAGAGUGGGGAGGCAUGGGCGGCGCGCCGGGGGCGGUGGCCGUGGGCAUCGCGACGGUGCUUCCCUUCCCCUUCUACUAUCUUCUAUGGAAUUACCCGCAGGCAUGGGUGGAUGUAUGCGGGAAAGGCGUGGACCCUUCCCAUCGGAUGGCUCAGGUCUCUCACGUCCUCAAGAUCCUCCAGCUCCUCGCUCUAUUCUCCGUUGCCCGAUUCUGCUGGCCGCCGUGGUACUGCUACCCCCUCUUCGCCGUGGGCCAGUACCUCAACUUCAAGGUGUAUCAAUUGCUUGGUGAGGCAGGCACUUACUAUGGUGUACGCUUCGGAAAGAGUGUUCCAUGGGUAACAGAGUUCCCCUUUGACAUUAAGGACCCACAGUAUAUUGGAAGCAUCCUGAGUCUUCUUGCAAGUUUAUGUUGGGUUCCCUUCCAGUAUGUGUUUCUGUGGCUGCUUGGUUAUCUCUUCAUGAUGUGGGUGGAAUCCAAGGAAGAUCCAGCAACUCGUGCCAAGCCGGCUCGCCUGAUUUAUUUGAUUGAAGAGAGAUUAAUCACAGAUUAUUGCUGAAAUUGGAAUGAUUGAUCUUUUUUAAGACAAGUAAUUCUUGGUUAUCAUUUUUGCUGACGCUAGUAGCUCCUGUGAUUGCAACUUUUUGUAAGGACUAGGGAGAAAGGAAGGGGACUGACUUGCACUAUAACAAUGCAGAUCCAGAUCUAUGCCAUAUUACCCACAGUUAAUUUUUUUUUGGAGAUGUACCUUCCAAGCAUCCAAACUAGAAUAUCUAGUUGGCAAGAGAGCGUGUGACCAGUAGGACAAGCUCUGAUUUAUAUCUUUGCACUCUGUUCAUAUAUGAGUUUUAUAAAUUUGAUAUUUUGGGCUUUAUCUUA